AGAAUAGGAAAAAAACAGCUCACGAGCAGUGUACCAAGCUCUGACUUCAGCUUCUUCCUCCCACCUCCAGGCAAGGAGACCGCUCAUCUCUGUCUCUGUCUCUCUCUCUCUCUCUACUUAAACAAAUCGUCAGCUCAGUGCUCACUGAUCUUCCCCAUACUACUGGGAUUCACUUACUGCCACUGUCAUUGCUCUCCAAUCCCAAGAACCCAACUUUAUCACCGCCUUUGCUGACCCGGAUCCACCCCCUGUUCGGGUCCUGCCCCACUCGCAUGAACACGGACCCCCCAUUUCGAUGGACGCGCCGAUAGUCAACGAGUCCUCCUUCUCUGCUGCCAACCCAUCCGCCUACAGCCUAGCCGAGAUUUGGCCCCCGAGCGGAGACCCCGGCAUUGUCGGGUCGGGGGGGCCCCGAGCUGGGAACCUGGACGGGUCGGCGGAGGAAUCGACGGUGACGGAGCAGAGCGGUAGUGGGAGGAAGAGGAAGGAUGCGAACUCCGAGGACGAAUCGUCGAAGAGGGUGUCUUCAAGUUGUGUCCUGGGCAGUGAUUUGAACAAUUCAAAUGGUGCCAAGCGCACGAAAAUAGCCGGAUCCCGCGAUGAAAAUGGUGGUUCCAAAGUUGAAGUAGAGGCAAAUUCUGUUGCUUGUAAUAAAUUGUCUGCGGAGCAAAGUGCUAAACCAUCCGAGCCACCAAAGCAAGACUACAUUCAUGUGAGGGCGAGGAGGGGCCAAGCGACAGACAAUCACAGCUUAGCUGAAAGAGCUAGGAGAGAGAAGAUUAGUGAGAGGAUGAAAACUCUUCAAGAUUUGGUCCCCGGUUGCAAUAAGAUCAUUGGAAAGGCGCUGGUUCUUGAUGAGAUUAUCAAUUAUAUCCAGUCAUUGCAGCACCAGGUUGAGUUCUUGUCGAUGAAGCUCGAAGCGGUUAAUUCAAGGAUGGACAUGAGCCCGGCAUUGGACGGCUUCGUCGCCAAAGAUCUCAUGUCACAGCCUUUUGACGGUACUGGGAUGAUGUUUGCCUCACAAGCAGCGAGGGAUUACAUGCAAGGAUCACAAGCACAACCGGAUUGGCUUCAUAUGCAGACCGGUGGCGGUUUCAAGAGAGAAACUUGAUGACAACGGACUUGCUCGGCUUAGCUUAGGAUCGAGGAGCCAGAUUAACUAUUCAGGUCCGCGUCGAUACGUGACAUGGACUUUGGUACUGAUUAUCUUAUUGUUAGUGCUGAAUCCACAAAGCGAAGAAUUGUCUGUCCAUUCUCAAUUAUGUAAUACCUAAUGUUAGCAGGAAAUGCAUCUGAUUUCCAUCUGUACUAUGUAACCAGAUCAGAUACCUGUACACUAUUUAUUUGCGGCUUCUCAAACAUAAUACGAGGAAGCAAAAUUCUACGA